GUAAUUACACCCAUGUGGAGUCAUGGACUCCAAGCAGCUGCAGUCAGUUGGAAAGUAAAGACAAUUUCUCCUGUUGGCCCAUCUGUGACCAUAACUCUACCAACGAGACACAGAGUCAUCAGACUCCUGCCAAUGGUCAAGCCUCUCUCCAGAAGAAAACUCCUCAGGCGUUCCCCUAUCAUCAGCGUUUCCAGACAGACUCCCACAGAUUGUGCCCAGACCCCCCUGCUCACUUUCCCAGACAGGUGGUAUCAUCCUCUCAGGAGACAGAAUCAUCCUUCUACCAACACGACACAUUUUCCUUUUCUCUCCAACUACCAAACUGUCUGUCUGAUCAACAAACUUCCCCUUGCAACAGAUCUGCAGGUAUAUUAAAGCCAGCUUUCAUGCUCAGUCAAUUCAAAGACGUCAAAGCCCCUGAUGAAACGCUCCCUUCGACAACAGAGCAGCCUGAUUCUCAUUCUGUAGCUUGUCACACACUAUUACCCUUCUCUGAUGAACGUAAAGAGACAGUGAACUCAUCAAGUGCACAUAAUGAAGACGAAGCUAUCUGGGAUGUUAGUGCCAAUGAGGCAGAGAGCCUUGAACUUUCAGGCAGGAGAGUAAAGUGUAUAGAGAGUGUGUCUAACCUCUCAGAAGAGGCUGCUGGUGGUGUAGAUAAACAUCAGCAAUCAGAGCUGAACACAACUGAAAAUAAAAGGGGGCACUUGCCUCCCAUUGACUUUGUAACAAAAGACGUAGGCCAGACAGUGGCUGAUAUAGCGGAGAGGAGACUCUCAGAGGGACCUCUAGUUCAGUCUGAAGCCACUACAUUUAUCCAGGAGGACAACGGUUCUCACAACCUGGAACGGUUUGGCCUCGUAGCUGUGGCGGUGGAAAGAAGGUCAGAAACAGACUUUGAGGAAAAUAUCGAACACAAACUGCUGAACUGCUUUGCUACUGAAGACACAGAUUUACACAGAAUAAACACAGAUGUUCAGAAGUUAGAGGAAGUCAGAUUUUUGCCUAAAUCUGCAGAGGGCUCGGAUGGUGAGCGAUGUCUUGUACCAACACUUUCCCUGGAGUUCGAGCCGCUUAGGUCAGAGUUCAGACCUCUCGAUCGUCGCAACAACCAGCAACAUCAUGGCAAACUGCAGGACUUGAUCACAAAUACAACAUCACUUGACAAAGAACUAUACAUAAAACAACAGACUACUGGGAUUCAUUCACAUCAUCCUCCCCUCACUCCAUCCUUUCCCCGAAAAAGAAAAUGUGAUGUUUUCCACCCUCAAUGUGUAAGUCCACUCCUGAAGAGCCAUAAAAAAAGUUGCCCUCCAAAGUGGGAACCGCCGCGUUCCUCACCAUGGACAGUGGUGGAAGGAGGCGUCAGCGAGGUGAAGAAAAUCAGACUUCAACCAUUCAUUUCUGGAUGCCCAACAUCAUCAGAAGAACAGCAGUUUAAAAUCACUCCGAAGACAGAUGUUAGGUUUAAAAUCCCUACACAAUCACAUGUUCUGGAGCAAACUCAGCCCGUUAGUCAGAGCAAACUGGAAAAAUCCUCCAAUGAAAUGAGAAAGAUUGCGCCGAAACAGAACCUCUUUGCCAAACUGUGCAAACGUAGGUUGGCCAAAUUGAGGAUCGAUCCAGCCAUCGACGGUCUAAAAGGUUUUCAUGACAUAGUUAUGACUAGUGAGCUACAAACUCACUCCAAGGCUGGCUCACACCCUACAAGCCUGACAUCCGAUGGCAGAAUAAAGGAUACUGGGAGGCUGAACCCAGAGGAGAGAGUGCACAUGCUGAAGCAGGCUGGGCAGGCAGAGGUGGUGGUGCUAACAAUGAUGUUUCAGGAUGGAGCAACUCAAUUAGAUCAUGAGCAAAAGCUCGCUCCAGCAGUGUGUGGCCUCCUUGUGCUGAUGAAGAAUGAUCUUUGCUGUGCCACACCUUGUUGGUCACUGGGGCCGAAUGACAGCCUGGUCUACUUAAAACUAGAGCACAACCCUCCAUGGGCACAACAGCAACUUCAGCACACUCAGCAGCCUUUUACCAGAGAUAUGAUACUAUGUGUGCUGUCAAGGUCAAAACUGGUGGUUUGCUAUAAAGCCAAGGAUUUUCUUCGUACAGUUCUGCUGUUAUACAAACAGGAUCUAAGCUGGAAACGAGUGGCAGGUUGUCAGAUCCAAGAUCCACGGGUUUCAGGGUGGCUGCUGGAUCCUACUGAUCCCUCCUCCUGCUUCAAAGACCUGCUUAAUAAACACUGCAAAAAGCCACGUGCAACACCCUCCCUGAGUCCUGACAAGGUUUCUCAUAUCAUCUCAAGUCUCUAUUGGCUCUUUGACCUUAAUCUGGCCUUAUGCUCUAAACUACAGAGCCAUGGCUUGUGGGAACUCUACUCAGAAAUAGAGCUGAGAAUGAUCACUGUUCUUGCUGUCAUGGAAAGCCACUGCAUCUAUGUGGACAAAGGAGCACUUAAGAGGACUUCAGACCUGCUUGGGACUAAACUGAAACAACUGGAGCAGGAGGCCCACAAAGCAGCUGGGGAAAUAUUCUUGGUGACCAGCAACGCUCAGCUACGAACAGUACUGUUUGAGAAGCUGCGCUUACAGGAGCGCUGCAAGAACAAGAAGCUUCCCAAGACCAUCAACAAACAACAACAGUCAACAUCAGAGGCAGCGUUGCUGCAGCUCCAGGACGUUCAUCCUCUGCCAAAAAUCAUCCUGGAGUACCGACAGGUCCACAAGAUGAAGUCCACGUUUGUUGAUGGGAUUUUGUCAUGUAUGAAGAGCAAGAACUACAUUUCUUCUACAUGGCACCAGACGAGUGCUGUGACUGGGAGAAUAUCAGCCAAACACCCUAACUUCCAAGCCUUGCCAAGGCAGCCGCUUCAAAUCAGCCAGAACCAGUACAUUCAAGGAAAGGAGGAGGAGGUUGUGACGAUUCAUCCUCGAGACAUGUUCAUUCCCCGGGAGGGCUGGACUUUUCUUGCUGCGGACUUCUGCCAGGUGGAGCUCCGCUUGCUGGCUCACUUCUCCUCGGACCCGGAGCUGCUCCGCAUUUUUACCGACCCGCAGGCCGACGUCUUCACCAUGCUGGCCUCUCAGUGGAAAGUGGUGGGUGUUGAUGAGGUGACUCCUGAAGACAGGGAGCAUGCCAAACACAUCGUGUAUUCGGUGGUUUAUGGAGCAGGCCGUGAACGUCUGUCAGGGAUUUUGGGGGUGAACGUUGAGCAGGCUAGUCGUUUCCAGGACAGUUUCCUCCAGACCUACAGAGAAGUCCAGGCGUUCAUCCAGAGAACCAUCCAGCAGAGCCACAAGCAAGGUUAUGUGGUGUCGUUAAUGGGACGCCGACGUCUCCUUCCCCACAUCAGCUCCCCAGACUGGGGGAUCCGCAUGCAGGCUGAGAGGCAGGCCGUCAACUUUGUGGUUCAGGGCUCUGCUGCUGAUCUCUGUAAGAUGGCUAUGAUCACCAUGUUUAACCUGGUCUCCUCCUCCAGCUCGCUCUCUGCCAGGCUUUUAGCACAGCUUCAUGAUGAGCUUCUUUAUGAAGUGGAAGACUCUCAGGUGGAACAGUUUGCAGGUUUGGUGAAAAGCACCAUGGAGUCCCUUCAGUACAUCCACCAUGUCGGAGUCCAUCUGACGGUACCCCUGAAGGUGGCGGUCUCCGUUGGCAAGUCCUGGGGAUCCAUGUCAGAGCUUCACACUCUGCCUUCUGUCUCCUGAAUCUUCCUCUGCACCUCCCACACCAAGAUAAAUGAUCUAAUCUCCUCCUUUCUUAUGGCCCGAGUUUUUUCCAUUGACCCUUCUGCUGGCUACACACUCAUGUUUUGACCCUUACUUGGUCUCUUAUCCUGUUCGUCUCUCUCAGCUUCCAGUUUCUGCCUCCUCCUUCACUCGUCCAGCAUCCAGGUUGCUAUGGAAACGAGGCAGCUGCAGCUCGUGGUUCUUGCCUCCACUCUUUCUGUUUCUGGGGGCAACCGCUGACUGGAUUGGACCAGUUCUGUUCUCUCUCUCUCUCUCUUGUCCACCUCCUCCUGUUCUCCCACUCAUUUUCACUCACGCACACAAACAUCUCGUUAGGACUAAAAAUGUUUCCUCUGCCUCGUUACCAAGGUGAAGUUUCAUGUUUUAAAGAGGUCUCGAUGUUCAUUGGUUCCUAAAAUUGGUUGUUAGUUGAGCUUCUAGAUAUAACCAAACAUUCUUUAGUCUCUAUCGUUUAUAUAUUUUUGAUGCUGAGACUUUUGGAUUUACUUAAACACACCAGAUUUUCACCCCCAAGUUAAUUUUUUAAGCUAAUUUAAAAACCAUCUUUUAUUAUUCCCAUAUUUGAUGCUCUGAUGAAAGAAGUGUAGUCCAUAAUGGAUAUUUCACAAGAGAAAUUUGAGCCCGGGGAGUGAAUAGACUCCAUGAAAUCUUGGUUCGUUCAGUUUCCAGUAAACUUUACCUUUCGUUGCCUGUGUUAACGUGAUUUAAAGCAGUUGAUCUAAUUUUUGCUCGUCUUUGAGCAUCCAUUCUUUGCUCUCUCUGGCUCAGCUUUUAUCUGCUCACUUGCCUCAAACCCACUCACCCUUUUUUUUUUUUUUUUUUGCCUUUCUCUCUUUCACUCUCACACAUUCCACAAAUGCUCACACAUUCAUCUGCUCUCUGGCACACUGACCGAAUUUCUUUUUGUCUGACAGCCACAGCAAGACUCCCUUUUUAUAUCUCCCUAUUUUCCUACUGGAUCCUUCAAUUAGCCUUGGAAAUAAAUUGGCAGAGCCCAACAUAUUCACGCAAUUUAA